AUGGUUUCCAAGCUUUUCCAGCCCCUGAAGGUCGGCCAGGCCCAGUUGUCUCACCGCGUGGUGAUGGCUCCCCUCACCAGAUUCCGAUUCAGCGCCGAUCAUGUCCCGCUUGACAUCGCAUACGACUACUACGUCCAGCGCGCCUCCGUCCCGGGUACCCUUAUCAUCGCCGAGGCAGUCCUUAUCUCUGAGGCCCACGGCGGCUUCCCCAACGCCCCCGGCAUCUGGACCGACCGCCAAAUUGCCGGCUGGAAGAAGAUUACCGACGCCGUCCACGAGAAGGGCAGCAGCAUCUACUGCCAGCUCAUUGCGCCCGGCCGCGCCGCCGUCGUCCCUGUCUUGGAGAAGGAGGGCGGCCACCCGUUGCUCAGCUCCAGUGCCGUGCCCAUCAGCGAUGAUUCGCCUGUCCCGCGUGAGAUGACCGCUGAAGAGAUCGCGCAGGCCGUCAAGGAUUUCGCGCAGGCUGGCAAGAACGCAAUCGCUGCUGGAUUCGACGGCAUUGAGAUCCAUGGCGCCAAUGGAUACCUCGUCGACCAGUUCCUCCAGGACAACUGCAACAAGCGCACUGAUCAAUGGGGCGGAAGCGUCGAGAACCGAGCCAGAUUCCCCGUCGAUGUUGCCGCUGCUUUGGUUGACGCUAUCGGUGCGGACAGAGUUGGCUUCCGUAUCAGCCCUUGGAGCAACUUCCAGGCCAUGAGAAUGGAGGACCCCGUGCCUCAAUUCUCAUUCCUCGCUCAGAAGUUGAAGGACCUGAAGCUCGCUUACUUGCACAUUAUCGAGUCCCGUGUCAACAACUGGCAGGACGUGGAGAAGGUCGAGGGAAUUGACUUCCUCUUGGAGAUCUGGAACAACACCUCGCCAGUCCUCGUUGCGGGUGGUUUCACCCCCGAGCUGGCCAAAAAGGCUGUCGACGAGGAGUACGCAAAGUGGGAUGUUGCCGUUGUCUUCGGUCGUCACUUCUUGGCGAACCCGGAUCUGCCGUUCCGCAUCAAGAACGGCUUGCCCUUGAACAAGUACGAUCGGGACACCUUCUACACCCCGUCUAUUCCGCAGGGAUACAUCGACUACCCCUUCCACCCCGAGUUCAAGCCCGGAACUCCCCUGGCUUAG